GUCUCCAGGAGCGGCAGACCCUUUCGCAGGAUCCACAAAGUCCACCAAGAAGCCCAGAAUAUACGACAGGCAUGGCUCACAAAAGUUUAUAGGCGCGAUAGACGCGGUCGGUGUCGAUGGGGAGGUAGUUCGUGUGUUCACACGACCAGGAGCCGAGGAUUUGCCCGACGCGACCCCGACGCGUCUGACACGCGUUAUUGACCCCCUCUCCGGCUCUGCGAAACCUGAGUGGAGGCCUCCGACGUAUGAGAAGAAAACAAAACGCGUCACUACGGCGGAAAGCGCCACGAGCACGUCCUCAUCCUCGCAUGCCUACGCGCACAGGGCAGUGGGCACGUACGCCUCUCCGACGCCCAAGAGCCAUGCCAUCACCAUGGACGUGGACGAUUCCUCGGACUUCUGUCUCACAGAUGACGAGGCAGACUUGCCCAAGCCCACCUCGCGGCCCAAGACUCGGGAGGAGCUGGAGGAGAAGAUGUGGGACAGCGCGAUUACGAAUGCCAUAGACAAACUCAUUGGCGUCAUUGACCUGAGCGCGUCGAGCCUCAACAGAGGCACUAUCACCCACAUCCCUCCUUCCGUCGCUGACCUCGAGAGCUUCACUGUCCUUCCGCCAGCUCAUUCUCCGUCAAGCGCACCUUCAUCUCCUAUCUUGUCACCCACAGUCUUACCCCCUGUACCUUCCUCGACAUCGCGUCCGUUCGCACGUGCAACGACCCUUGCCGCACCUGUCUUCGAUGUCCCGUUCUUCCGUAGCAAGGACGGCGAACGCCUUCGCGGUACACCCGCCGCUCGCGCGGCUUCCAUGCAGGCGGUAAGCCAACAGCCUACAGCGCAACCACGGCGACGCGAAAUCCAGAUGUAUCUUGCCAACAACUCCAUCUCAAGGCUCCCUCCGGAGCUGUUCCGGGUGGCCGCCCUAACAGUCCUCAGUCUGCGCUCCAACGCUCUCACUUCCAUCCCUCCCCAGAUCGCACAAUUGACCGCAUUGAAAGAGCUCAACCUGUCCCAGAACAGGCUUCGCUGGCUGCCCUCUGAGAUGCUGAGUAUGCACCUUACCGAACUGACCGUCUCGGGGAACCCGUGGAUCGCAGCACCUCCACUCCCACCUCAGCAAACACCGUCGCCAAGUACCAAGGACACGGUAGCUAGACGGACUGUAUCCCAUACGGUCGUGCACUUCACCAUCCCACCGCUGGCGGAGACCUGUGUCCGUGUCCUCGUCACGCCCUAUAACUCGGCUCCCCCAGCCACACCUUUGCAUCUCCUUGCGUCUACUUCGCUGCACUCCGCUUCGGACCCACCCUCCUCCUCUCGACAUACACCUGCUGACCCAAGCGCCUCCGACGCUCCCACGGCCCCGAACGCGAGACCGCUCACCGUGCUCGAAGCGUCGUACGUCCUCCCCCUCACCGACGACCUCCACUACUCCCCCGCGCUCCUGGCUACUCUCCGCGCGUGCGUCCCCGCGGCUGUCGCGCGCCCGCCCGAGUUCGACAAGGGUCGCCACCAUCAGGAGGGCGCGCAGGCGAAGCGGGCAAGGCGCGAUUUAGACGACCCCCGCGCGAGCUCCCCACCGUCCGUGCGGGCAGAAGACGACGAUGUCUUCGCGCCGCCGCGCGCAGACGCAGAAGUUACGGGGGUGAGCCUUUGCCCCUCCCCAGUGCACCGUGCGGAGGAGGGGUCGUGGAAGCGCGGGCGCGUGCCCGUGUACGUCCGGCACGCGGAGGAGCGGUGGACGUGGGAGGACGUCGUCGCUGGUGUGCGCGUCGGGGUGGAAGCAGGAGCGGGCGGGGGCGGGGUGCCGGUGCGGUGGAGAGGGUGCUCGCGGGGGUGUUUGGCGUUCCUCGACCCGCCUGCGCCUGCCCCUCCGGCGUCCGCUCAAGCUGCAGGCGAGGUGCCCGCGAUCGGGGAGGACGAGGUUGCGUUGGACCUAACUCUUGGUGGGACGGGGACAGGCCCGAGCACGGAUUGGGGAGACGAGGACGUGCAGAUGGACGACGUCCAGGCCGAGACGCUGCAGUUCGCGGGCGGGCUUGCAGACCCGGAGGACUUCGAGGAAGGAUUCUAACGCC